AUGGCAGCCAUCGGCGUUCACUUUGGCUACACAUGCGCCUGUGUGGCGAUAUUUAAGGACGGUCGAGCUGACGUCAUUGCCAAUGAUGCAGGAGACAGAGUAACUCCAGCUGUUGUUGCCUACAGAGAGAAUGAACAGCUGGUUGGAAUUGCAGCAAAACAAGGGCGAAUCCGCAAUGCCGCCAACACAAUUGAAAAAGUCAAGCAAGUGCUAGGCAGAAGCUUUGAUGACGCAGAGACACAAGCUCAUAAAUCCCAGACAAAGUGUCAGGUGGUCAACCGAGCCGGGAAGCCGCAUUAUGAGAUUACAGCGGGAGAACACGCUAAAUUUGUCGCUCCAGAGGAUGUUGCCAAACUCAUUUUUCACAAAAUGAAAGAAACUGCUCAGUCGGCUCUCGGCUCCGAUGUGACUGACGCCGUCAUUACCGUCCCGUUUGAGUUCGGGCCCCUUCAGAAACGAGCGUUAAGAGAGGCGGCUGAAGCCGCGGGGUUCAAUGUCCUCCGGUUGAUCCACGAACCUGCCGCUGCUCUUUUAGCGUAUAACAUCGGGCAUGAUUGUUCUGCUCCAAAAAGCCAUGUUCUAGUGUACAAACUAGGUGGCACCUCUCUUAGCGUGACUGUGCUGCAAGUCAACGGAGGAAUUUUCCAGGUUCUCAACACCCACACUGACCACAGCAUCGGCGGGGAAAGUUUCACGCAAGCCUUAGCUCAGCAUCUGGCCACCGAGUUCAAACGCACUUUCAAACACGACGUGACCGGUAACGCGCGCGCAAUGCUAAAGCUGAUGAACGGAGCAGACAUGGCCAAGCAUUCCUUGUCUACGUUAGGGUCUGCCAAUUGCUUUGUAGACUCCUUGCAUGACGGCGCUGACUUUGACUGCAAUGUUUCCAGAGCUCGAUUUGAGUUGCUCUGCUCGUCCCUCUUCAACAAGAGCAUCCAGUCAAUUCGACGUUUACUGGAGGAGACCAAUCUGUCCACUAGUGACAUCAACAAGGUGGUUCUAUGUGGCGGCUCGGCGCGGAUCCCUCGCUUACAGCAGAUGAUCCGCGACGUGUUUCCCGACGUGGAGCUUCUGAGCUCGGCGCCUCCUGAUGAAGUCAUCGCCGUGGGGGCGGCCCUCCAGGCAGGUUUGUUGGUGGGCAGGGAUCACCUAGUCUCUGAUGAAGAAUCCGUCCAAGUGGAUGUGUCGGCUUCGGAUAUUCUACUCAAGGAGGUAGAUGAAUCUGGAAGCGAAGCAUUCACCGUGCUCCUUCCAUCCGGCUUGCCGCUUCCAGCGCGCCGAAAUCACACCUUGAGUGGUGAAGGCCAACUCUCCUCCCUGUGUUUGGAAAUCUACCAAAGAUUUGCAUCAGAGCAGCCGGAAAAGCUCGCCAAGAUUAUCUUGAGAGACCUGGAGCCCCAAGAGGAAAACCACAAAGUGGACGCGGUGGUCACUAUGAAAAGGGACGGUUCCCUCCAUGUUUCUUGUGUGGAACAGAACAGCGGGAGGUCAGAGAUCGUCGACAUUGCAGCUGCAUCAUGA